AUGGGGAAUUUUAGAAGAGCUAUUAAAAAUGUUAUGAGUAAAGGAACACCAAAUAUUGUUGAUAAGGGAUUAUCACAACAAAAUAGAAAAUCUGAAAUUACAAAAUCAAAUAAUUAUUGUGAAAAUCUUGCAAAAUUGAUAGCUCAAAAAAGUGCUAUUAAAUCAAGUUUUUUAGAACUUGCAGAUUGUACCAUUACAACUAUUAUACCCUCUGCAAUCCCUUUAAGAGAUAGUUAUAAUUUUUAUGCAAAUUCAUGUGGAAGAAAAGCAAUAAAUAUUGUUAAACAUCUUAGUAGAAAUAUCCAAGCUGCAAUAUAUUGUUAUUAUCCUAUUAUGGAAGAUCUAUUUCUAGUCACUGGGAGAAACAGAUUAGAAGAAAAAGAUGCAGAAAUGAUUAGAUUAUCUUUCUUAGCAUCCAGUUUAAUACAUUAUACAAAACAAGAUUUAAAGUUGAUUGACAAUGAAGUUAAAAAAGCUAAUGCUUAUACUGCAUAUUAUCAUUCAUAUAGUGUAUUAUGUAAAAAAAUAACUCUUUUCUAUGACUUUUGGGGUUUUUUUAUGCGUGAAAUAUUUUGGUCAAUGGUUUAUUCAAUGCUUGGUAUAUCAGCAGCAAGAUUUCCAGUUGAAUAUACCUGUCCAUAUAAUCCAUCUGCAGUGGUUAAAGGUAUAGAAUCUUCUUCAGAUGAAGAUAUUACAACAUUAAUGGAACUUCCUUUAGAUUUAGAAAAUGAAUAA